AUGAGCAAAAGAAAAAUCAAAAGAAGUUUGUCGUUUUUAGAGCUUCUGGCUCAGCCAACGGUAAAGAUUUCCCAGUUAAUUCUUUAUUUUAAAACCUGUGAAAUUCAUGUUCUCAGGUCUUCUCGAGGUAGAGACAAAAUUUUAGGCAUUGUCCAAUAUCUUUCAUAUCUAUAUAAAAACAGCUUGAUUGAUUAUUUGCAGAAAAUCGCAUCCGAGAAUGACCAAUUAUGCUUAAUCUAA